AUGAAAGUAUCUCUCUUCGUUGCUUUAGCUGCUCUGUUACCGUUUGCUUUGGCAGCCCCAGCUCAGACUGAGGAAAUGGUCAUGACUCCAGGCGGAUUACGUCCCAAAUCUAGCGUCAUCCAGAUCCCGGAAGGCGGUUCAAUCAGCCUCACUGACACCGAAGUCCACCUACUCGACGCUUCAAAGAGGGUCAUUCACGUUUCUCCGAGAAGCGACGCAAAGGCCGUACCCCCCGACACGGAUGCGACACUUCCCGAGCAAUCAGGAUGGAUUUCAUGGGCACAGUGGCAUCGUACUACUUCCCCUAUCCAAAACUUCGUCACCACAUGGGUCGUCCCACCUAACCCUGCAACCAACCACGGGCAGACCAUAUUCCUCUUCAACGGUCUUGAACCCGAUACUGGUUCCGCCAUUUUACAACCUGUCCUGCAAUGGGGCCCUUCAGCAGCAGGCGGUGGCGCGUCCUGGCAGAUCGCGACCUGGUACGUUGGUGCUACAACCUUCUUCACCACGCUGCAGAGUGUGUCCGUUGGACAAAGCUUGCAGGGCAUUAUCCAGCGUUCUGCCCAGAACGCUGACGGCACGUUCAACUAUGUCAGCUCGUUUGCUGGCAGCUCUGGCGUUGCCCUCAGCAACUCUCCCGAGCUCACCUGGGCCUUUGAGACUUUGGAGGCAUACGGUGUUACAACGGCUUCGGAUUAUCCUACCGGUUGUACCGCCUUUUCUGGCAUCAGUAUGUCCACAGUGAAUGGUGCUACGGCACCUGUGUCGUGGAGUACCAUUAACGAUGAUGCCGAUGGAGUCCAUACCACUAUCAAUGUUAACGGUGGAAGCAAUGGGAAAGUCACUACUUGCUACCCUUGA